AAUAAACUAGCAAGUAUCCUGAUUUCCCAAACCUAAUUUUGUUACUUUAGUUCCAUUUUGCUCAGUUUAAUAUUCUUAUUUUAUCUAAUUUUAUUUCUUAGCUGUUGUUGUUAUGCUACUAUUAACAUAAUAUGUUUCAUUUAUAUUGCAAAUUGUUGUUAAAUUGUGUAAAGGGCACUUGGCUCGAUAGCUCUUCUGAGUUUUUUCCAAGUGUCCUAAGCUUGCCUAUUUAAUAUUAAAUCAUAUUAUUAGUAUAUAAAAGUUUGAAUUAUCAAUAUGAAAUGAAUGAAAUGAAAUGAGAUGUAGAUUUACGCUGUUCCAUUUCCCUGGCCUGGAGUUUAGCGCCCAACGCCUACGCAGGUGCUAUCAUGCUAUGUUUUGGCGAAUCUUUCUUCAAAGAUAGUUGUGGGAUGUUUCAGUUUAAGGUUCUUUUGGUCAUAACCACCAAGAACCAAUGGCUUGAAAAUUAAUCCACAUUUUGCUAUUUCAAUAAAUGAAUGAUGAACCAGUGGCUAAUUAUUGUGGUUAGUAUUUGCCAUGCAGUAACAAAAGCCAUUGCUCUGUCAAACAAACAAUGUGAUACUGAAGAACCAGUAAGAGGGAUUUUAGACUUGAAACAACCUACAAAACCAGCACAACUGAUCAAUGCAACAUCAGCUAGUUCCUUAGCAGACUGCAGUUUACUGUGCUGCAAUGUCAAAAGAUGCAAUACAUACAUCUGGAGGAAUGGUGAACAGUGCUUCUUGUUUAUCUGUAAAUCAAGAGAAAAAUGCAAGAUUUUACCAUAUGAGCACACAAUGACUGGAUAUGUGAAUAAAGGACAAUCUUCGAUAGGAAGUCAUCAAAAUACACCACAAGAGGGUAUAAAUUCCAAUGCAUCACCACUUGAAAAGAAAACCUCUUUAAAGGCACAGACAACAGAAGAAUAUCCUGUCAGCAAUGAUGCUGAAAACACAGUAGCAAUCAAAUCUGUUUCUAUGAGAAAAUCGCCUGAUCUACAUGAGCAUGCAACCAUUACAAAAAAAGAAGAUUCUCCGUCUUUACAUGAUUCACAAAAGUCACUUAAAGGGAAAAACAACACUAAACAUACUUCUUCAUCUACAGUCAAGACUAAAAAUUCCACCCUCAAGCAUAAGAAGAUGAAAGGAAGAGUUAUGAAAGCGAGCAACCAAGAAAAACCCGUUCCUCUACUAAAUACCUCAUUGCCACAAAAAGUGUCCCACACAACUACAACUUCCCUUAUUGCUGCAUUGGUAUUUGGGGUGAUAUUCCUAGUUGCAGUGGCAGUACAGAUUGGAAAACCAUGGUGGGAAUCUUUGUUUACCUACAGAGAUGGCUAUAAUAGAAUUACGUUUUUGAUGAACGGCAAAUGAGAAUGUUUGCUGUCCGAGAAAAUAUAUGGAAUCAACGGAAUGACUAUAUAUUUAUCUAAACCUGACGAAUAUGCUAUUUAUUUUGGGAAAUGAUUCGUUUCGACUUGUAUUAUAUAGAGCUUUAGUUGCACACUGUCACAUAUUUGCUGUGGAUGCCUCAAAAUAUAUCGCAAAAGAAACUAG